ACCUCCUUUAUGUAUUUUGCCGAGCAGUAUACGUUACACUUACAUCCAUUCAUUACCCUAGGCUAGCUUAUCUCCCUCUCUAUAUAUAUACACAAAUCUCAUCUCCUAACAUCUCAACUCAAUCUCUACCUAGCUAUUAUCCCUCCUCUAUCGAAAACAUAUUGAAAGGAAGAAAGAAAGCAAGAAAAUGAUAGACCAGAAGAAUAAUACUGUCAACGGUGUAGCGUCGUCGAGCUCACCGUCCUCGUCCACCACAACAACAACAACUAGAACAAACAAUCCACAACCCAUCAGUAACCUUGUAGUAAGAGCAGGAACGAUAAGGAAGAAUAACGAUAGGAAUGGCCUUCAACAAAUCCUUCAGAAUAAUCUUUUUCUUCAACGUCGAAUUAAAGAAUACAUUCUUUUCUCGAAGCUCAAAUCCAUGGUGCCUCCUCCUCAAGCCUUUCAAGAACAGAUAUCAGGAAGGCAUGAAGAAGCAACAGAACUGGAUAUGGAGCUUCGUGAGAUCCCAUCAGCUGAGAGGGAUUCUGAUGAAGAAACAAAGAGUGAUGAUGAUGAUGACAAAGAUGAUUUAGGAAAUACUUCAAUUGACUACGACAGUGAUUACGAGAAAGAUGGAGAUGAAGUUAAAUCAUUUGUGCCAUCGAUCAAGAUAAGUAAAAUAGAAGACUUGAUACUUAUAAAUACUACCGUUCUUAACAAGGUUGCAUUAACUUCAUCUCUAUUCAGAAUUCUUGAAGAAGAAAACCUCGAUAUAGUGUUUGAGAAUCAAUAUAGAACCGAAUGCACAGUUGCUCAUACUAUUCAAGUAAGAAUUCAACCAGAAUACAACAUUCAAGUAUUGGAGAACAGACUCCGGAUUUGGGCAGGGGGAUUAUUAUGAACUCAAAGAUCAACUAUUCACCAUCAUGUGUAAAUGGCCUUUUAAUCCAUAAUUGCUAAAAUUCAAUUGGUUCGUUAAUAGAUUGGUUUAUAUUACUUAAGUUAGUUUUUGUUGUUGUUUAGUCUUGUCACUUCUGUUUGAAAUAUGCCAAACUAUUGUUUAUAUUCUUUGACA